AGGUACUCCACCCAUAGACAUAGGCCACUGCUUUAUAUCAUUCCUCUUUAAAUUAUCCCUCAUCAGGAGAGAGUGGACUUGGAGGAAUCGGUCACAGCUGUCAUUCAGUAACAUUCUUCAGCGAGACUAACGACCGGUGCUCUGCGAAUUUGUACUAUAGGGACUGCUAGGGAAAAUAUCCGCUGAAAUGACGCUGGAGCCUUUUCGGUCAGCUAUGGCCAUGCCCGUCGGUGAGUCCGGCGACACGUCUCUUGCUGUUCCCUCGGACAUCAACAUGAGGUCAGCGCAGCAGCGAGUUAUGGAUCAAGUUCACACGAUUGCUAGAAGCAAGUCCCGAUACAGUACAAAAAGUGGAUCUGGGCUUAUACUUCCAACAAGUCCAAAAAGUGACAAUGUGUUUUAUGAUGUACUGACUAUCAACACAUCUCCUACUACACACAAAGGAUACCUUUCAGAAUUUAAAAACACCACCAUGAACAAGGGAUCUGGCUUUGUGAACGGAACCAUGAACAAGGGAUCUGUCUUUGUCAAUGGAACCAUGAAUGGAUUAAAGGAUCCAUUAAGACCCACCAUUAAAGGAUCUGCACAAGUCAAUGGUCAUGCAAAAAUGUUUGUGGAUCAGGAGUCCCGGAGGACCGUGAGCUCCUCGCGCACUGUGUCCCAGAGAACCAACGCCACCACCAGUUGGAAGAGGCACAAGAGCGCCCCCGCGCCCCGCCUUCUCCCCAUCAGCCCCACGGCAGGGUACCAGACCAGAAUACAGCUGGAUGGCCACAGACAGGUCAGCCAAGGGAGUCGCCAGGACAGUAGCCGCAGUGUGCCUGACCUGACCACCCGCAUCGGGUUUCAGCAGAGGAUGGAGGUGGCGGGUCAAGCCAGGCAGACCGCGAGCCGGUUCCCGGCCAGCUUGAGCAGCCCACAUAUGGAGGUGGACGGACCCGGGUUCCUCCAGAUCCAGAAGGGGGGGGCACUCAGUCAGCACAGCAUGACGCAGAUCAGGCACCCUCCCUCCAACCACUCCCUUGCCGACUUCAAGAUAUCAAUGGUCAAGGGGCAAACAAUUGAUGUCCAGAAGAUGGACAUCAGCAUGUCAGACGCCAUUCAGUACCUGUCCAGUCAGGAUGAGAGCUACCAGCUGUUGGGGGCCACCUUCAUCCAGCACAACACCUUUACAGAGGACAAGGCCAAGCAGCAGGUGUUCCAGAUGAAGGGCAUCCCUGCUCUAGUUGCCCUCCUCCAGAGUCCCAAUCUGCAGAUCCAAACGACGGCCUCUGCAGCCCUCCGCAACCUUGUGUACAAACACUCGGGCAACAAGGAGGAAGUGCAGCGCAGCGGGGGCCUGGCCCAGGUAGUACAGCUGCUGAUGGACACCCCAUCAUCAGAGAUCCAGAAACAACUGACAGGUCUGCUGUGGAACCUGUCCUCAGCGGACUCUCUGAAGGCAGAUCUGCUGAAGAGCUCUCUGCCGGUUCUCACCGAGCACGUGGUGGUACCCUACACUAACAUUAUCAACCUCAACAACAACAUGGAACCGGAGAUCUUCCUCAAUGCCACCGCGUGUCUCAGGAACCUGAGUGCAGCCAAGGUGGGGAACCGCCAGUCCAUGCGAAAAACCAGUGGCCUGAUCGAUGCGCUGGUCAAAUACAUCCAGAACUGUGUGGCCGAUGAUAAGCCUGAUGAUAAGUCGGUGGAGAACUGUGUGUGUAUCCUGCACAACCUGACAUACGGGCUGGAGAGUGAGUGUCCACUGCUCUUCACCAGACUGAAUGCUCUGGCGCGCUCCCCCACCACCACCCAGACCAGCACACCUGGACCUCUCAGCUGCUUCAGCACCCAGAGCAGCAAGAUCCAGCAGGAGGCCCACUUUGACUAUCCGGUGAUGGAGGACAACAAUCCUAGCGGAUCUGCCUGCCUGUUCCAUUCCAAAACUCUGCAGAUGUACCGCAGCCUGCUCGGAACCAGUGAGAACCCAGCCACCCUGGAGGCAUGCUGUGGAGCCAUGCAGAACCUUACAGCCACCACAGGAACCGUAUCGGCCGUGUUGAGCCAGACCAUUGUCCAGAAGCUGAAUGGCCUGCGUGUGAUCUGCCCCCUGCUUAAGAGUGAAAAUGUCAACUUGAAGUGCUCUGCUGUGCAACUUCUUGGGAACCUCUCACGCCACCCCCAACUACAUAGCAGCAUGGCCCGCCAAGCCCUUCCUUCACUCACAGACUUCAUCAGUGCUGGUGUCCCAAACGUGACCCAAGACGAGACGGAGAUGGACGAAACUAUGGCAACAGCUUGUCACACUGCAUACGCCCUAAUGAAGGCGGAGCAAGAGCUGAGCAAGGGGUUGCUAAGCAACAGCCUGAUAAACUCCUUGAACAAUAUAAGCCACAAUAGUAACCUACCGAUGUCCAGCAAAGCAGCGGCUUUUCUCCUUUACAACCUGUGGGCAGAGAAGGACUUCCAGAGCUUAUUUAAGAAGCAAGGGAUGCAUAAGAAGGCCUUUGUGAAUGACGUCACCAAAGCAGCUCAUAGAUCUAUUAUGGUUAUUGACUAGCAGCGAGCAAGGUUCUGCAUUGUAAGACAUGUUGGCUCUAACCACAGACUUUUACUGGCACUGCCACUUAUUAAACAGAUCUGCCACUAAUGAAACUAUGCUAUACUAGUGAUGCAACUGCAGAUGCAUACAGUCUGUAACAACAAUAUCAUGUCAUGAGUACUUUUGUGGUUAGGUUGUAAAGUGAGACAUGGACUGUGUUCCAAUUUGCAUACUUCUGUACUUACAAUACCGAAUAUGAGUGCACAAACCAAUGCACUUGUGUACUCGUUAGGUAUUGUAAAUACAGAAGUAUGCAAAUUGGAACACAUACAUGGCCUUCUGGCACUGUUUUAAUGUAUAAAACACUAUCAAAGAUUUUUGUUUACAUUGGGUGGUAGCCUAGUUUCAAUGAAGUGAUAUAUUUUAGAAUUUCUAAUCUAUAGUACAGGGUCUCUUUGCAUCUGAAGCACCUUUUUGAGAAAGAAAACACUUGACUUUACUGUACUUGGGUCUUACUGUUUAAAUGUGGUCUUAUUUUACUAAAUUGUGCGGGCAAUUUAGUAUAAUGUGUGCUCGCAUUACUACAUAGUAUGCUUGUUUUAUUAAAUCGCGGUCUCAUUUUACUAGAUUGUGCGUUCAAUUUAGUCCAUUGUAUGCUCAUUUAACUAAAUCAUGUACUCAUUUUAGUAAAUAGUGUGCUCAUUUUACUAAAUUGUGUGCUCAUUUUACAAGAAAUUAAAUGAGAGCAGAAUUUAGUAAAAUGAGCACACAAUUGAGUAAAAUGAGUACGGUACACAUUCUCUGGAUAUACACACAAAAAUAUAUUGCAAUCACACCUCCAGGGUUCCAUAUAAAUGUAAUUGUUGAAUUUAUUUUUUGUUGUUCUAACACUUAGUUUGAUCUUGUAACUUUUUAAUGCAAUGUUGUAUUUACUUUAUGUGCUCUUAAUGAAAUAAACUGCUCCUGAGAAAAUA